AUGCCACUGGUGCCACCGCCACCAACAACCAUAGGAGGAUUAGCAAGUCUGACAAAAGGGGAUAUUGAUGAUUUGACAACAAGGGAGGCUACUAAGUGGCUUCGUGUUGCCGGAUUGAAAAUUCCCAGUAGCAAACCCGAGAUGUUGAAGAGAUUGCAUGAUUUCUUUGACAAGGAAGAUGACAGCUACAUUCUACAAAUAGCGGAGCCACAAACUCAGUCCAAGCUACGACAACUCGUGAAAAAAGGGGAUAUUGAUGAUUUGACAGCAAGGGAGGCUAUUGAGUGGCUUCGUGUUGCUGGAUUGAAAAUUCCCACUGCCAAAUCCGAGAUGUUGAAGAGAUUGCAUGAUUUCUUUGACAAGAAGGAUGACAGCUAUAUUCUACAACGAACGGCGCCACAAACUCAGCCCAAGCUACCACGACCCACGCCAGUGGCAAUGCCAGUGCCACCGGCGAUGCCAGUGCCGCUGUCAAUGGCAAUGCCACUGGCAAUGGCAAUGCCAAUUCCACUGGCGAUGCCAUUUCCACUGGCAAUGCCACUGGCAACACAACUACAACCAGCAGUAGCAUGGAUGCCACUGGCAAUGCCACUGGCAACACAACUACAACCAGCAGUCCCAGCAGUAGCAUGCAUGCCAAGGGCACUACCGCCACCAACAACCAUAGGAGGAGUAACGAGUCUGACAAAAGGGGAUAUUGAUGAUUUGACAACAAGGGAGGCUACUGAGUGGAUUCGUGUUGCCAGAUUGAAAAUUCCCAGUGGCAAAGCCGAGAUGUUGAAGAGAUUGCAUGAUUUCUUUGACAAGAAAGAUGACGGCUAUAUUCUACAAAGAACGGAGCCACAAACUCAGUCAAAGUUGCAACAACUCGUGCCACAACCUCAGUCGACGCGACCACAAACUCAGUCGAAGCGACCACAGCGUCAAUCCAAGCGACAACGAACGGCGCUACAAACUGAUGACAAGCCAAUGCCACGCAACUAG